CAUCGAUUUUUUGAAAAUGACGUUCAAACGUCAAUAUACAAUAGAAAUUUUAUUUUAAAUAAUUUCCUGUCUUCGAAACUCUUCUAGUUUAUUUGCUAUAAUCAAUAUUUUUGUUACGGAAAUUACGUUUUUCAAUCACUUCAACUGCCGCUCGUAUGGUUGGUUGAUUGAAGUCGAUGCGAAACGAAAAAGAAUUUUCAUAAAAAUGUCGCCGAUAUCAACAUGCUCAAGGAAUUUCUCGAGUCCUCAAGAAAAUAUAAGGCGCGUCUUAAAGAACUUCGAAUACAGGCGUUAACACUUUGUGUUUAUAAUUUAUUGAUCACACAUUUUAUAACGCAACAGGAGGAUCUUGUUUGGAGUUAUGGGUUAGUUGGAAGCACCUUUAGAGAUCGGAUCGGAAUUCAAGCAACGUUUCCAAUUAUAACAUCGAAAUUUGGAUUUACCUAUGGCUUCAUUAAUUUAGUGCUCGGCGUAUUGAUGUCCUUCCCAGUUUUUAUCACAACUCAGAAGUUGAGAAACUAUAUCCUCCCAGGACUUCUAUGGAACAUUUACUUUCUCACAACGCAUUCAGUGAAUAUUAUGGGGAUUUGCUACGAUAUAAUCACCCUCGCCCCUGGAUUCUAUACUUCAUUCAUGGUCACGACCGCUUCAAUAUUCCUAAUAAUAUUUCACGCAAUGCUGCUUCUCGACACUAUCAGCUACUACGAUUUGCUCAACAUGAAAACUCCCCAAAUGGAGGAUGUAACACUCGAGGAGAUCGAAGAGAGUUUCGAGUUUUCACAAAACCCUUGGCUGCUGAUUGAAAAUGAAUACCUCAUGCGAGGAAUUAAUAUUUACAAGGACAACGCGUUUCUACCAUCAUCCCCUAAGGUUGAUGAUGAAAACAUAGAUUUCGACUCUCAAGCAAGUGGUGAUUCUGAUCGGAGUCCAUUCUUUUAGCAAUCGGUUCAUUGAUUUGCAUGCGAGGAUAAUCGUCCAAGAAUUCCAUUAUACGCGGA